AUGAAUGAAAACGUAAAUGACAGUAGCGAGAGAAAACCCACGGCAGAGGAAUGCCAAUGUUCAAUCAAGGUCAGUGAAACUGAAAAUAUUCAGCUAGCUAACCCAGCUGAGGCUGAUGAUGACUGCUCGAAACAGGCGAUGAUGGCGGAGUCAGAAAACGCAACCACAACAGCUACCAAAUAUGCAGCAACAAUUGCAAAAGACGCAACAACUACACAAAAAACUACAACUUGUAACCAAACCAGAACAGAACAGACAAACAGCACAUGCAUUGGUGUCUUGGAAUUAAAAUUGGAUCUUCCUAUGGAAGGAGAAAAUAAUUUAAAGUUAAGAAAAGCUGUCUCUCAAGUUUACGAGAAGCACUAUUCAGACUCACUGAAAGAGUUGAAGAGUGUCCACAGCAGCCUCGACAAAUCACUUCAUCUUUCCAAAGUAACAUCUGAUGCACUGAAACAGUUGACAAAUAAUUUGUUCAGUUUAGAAGACAAAUUGAAAUCUAUGCCCUCUUCAGAACAUUUCCUGCCUAAUUUGAAUAUUGUCUUGAACAGAAUUUGA